CAUGCGCCAAAUCCGGGCUUGUUGAAACAUCUGAAUGUUGUUCAAAACUGGGAGCUUUCGUUCUAUCGUCUUUAAAAUGUCUAUUUAAUCAUUCUUUAGCUUUCCAAGUGUUUGUUUGUAUAGUAUUUCGACUUUUCAUGCAAUCAUUUCUUCAUUUGAUCUAGUCAAAGUAACUUGUGGCCGGCAGUAAUCCCAAACAUCAGUAGCAAGACGUGAGUAUGGAUAAAGGCAAGCCUCGGCCUGGCAGUGGUGACGAGGAUGAUGGAAUGGAGCAGGCACCUGUCAGGGCCGAUACCCCUGGACCGCUGCCUCAAUUUCAGUAUUCACGGGAGAAGUUAAUGGAUUUGGCCGAAACUUUCGGAGCCAGACUGAGACCAAAGUGCUUACUGAAGACAUUUGACAAUGCUGAUGGCUUGUGGGACCCUGAAAAGUGGUCUCGCUCUUUUGGUGGUUAUUCAACAGGGUCCAGGGAGAAUUCACCCCUGACUAUAGACCCUAGGGACAGGAAGAAACAAAUUGAUUUGGACAGAGAACAGCUUAUGAGAAGGAGACCCUCAGAUCCCCGAGAGAGACUCAAGGAGGAACGAGAUGGAAUUGUGUUGAGUCCUCAGCGGAGGAGCUUUGGUACAGGAUGUCAUGUGAGUCAGACAUCCUCCCUAGGGAGACAAGUGAGCUGCCCUGCCGAUUUCAAGGACGGAACAGACCGAGACAGGGACAGACGAGAAAGGAGAAUUGGGAGUGGGCGGAUCACUAUAGACCGUGAUCAAGGACGUGAGAGGGAGUACCGUGGUGUCAGAGACCGUUAUGACAGAGAUGAUCGACGAGGGACUGGCAAUUCCACAGAAAGAACUUUUGAGAGGAGUGACCGCUAUCACGGCAGCUCCUAUGACAAUAGCAGAUCCAACUACAACAGAUUUUCAAGAGACAACCGCGGGAAUAGACGAAGGUAUGUAGAGGAAGAAGAACCAGAAUGGUUCUCUGCUGGCCCCACCAGUCAGUCUGACACCAUUGAACUGCGAGGCUUUGAGAAGGAACCAGAGGAAGACACAGGGCAUGGAGAAGGGUUAAUCAUUGAGGAGGAAGAGGGUGAAGCACCUGCUGGGUCAAAUGACAAAACAGGUAUCAGUGUUGGUGAUCGUAAUGGAAGCCUAGAGACAAACGAAUCGAGUUCACCUGAAGUGAACCAUGAAACUCGACCCUCACCAUCAAACUCAGCACUCUUUGACUUUAAUGACUUUUUUAAAGUUAACAGCAGUCUACUUAUGGAUGAGCAAACAGUUGAGCAGGAUGUAAAUGCCCAAGGCAGUCGAUUCAGCCAGUGGUUCCAACAGCAACAGCAGCAACAACUUGUGCACGGCCACAGCAAAGACAACAGUCGCAGGUCAUCAAUCAAUGAGGAGUUCAAUUAUUUGAAUGACAUCAUUGAUGGAUCGCGAAGCCCAGUGAUACCCUCACCCCCACCAGCUCCUGCCCACAUAUAUGAUGGGAAGCCAGGAAAUUUCUACCAGCAGUACGCCAUGACCAUGGAAGAGAAACAAGCACACUUGGAAGCAAUGAAUCAGAGGAAGAACAGUCCCAGUAACCCUCUUCUCAAUGCCCUCUUCAUGAACAGUGGACACAUGGAAAAGUCUAAUACUCCUGUAAACAGUGGUAACUUCAGCACCCAGGAUGCUGAAGCUCAGCUGAAGGCUAUGCUGUUCCGGGGCCGCGAUUCCAACUCCUCCAGUGGAACUGCCAGCCCAGCUAUUAUGAGUGGACCUUCACGGAAAGUGAAAACAUUGGCAGAACUUGAGGCAGACUUCCAUCAAGGCAGUCCCACACAUCAUGUGAGCCCAAUACAACACCAGAACCACCAACAGCAUCAGCAGCAGCAGCCCCUGCCGCAGCAGCAGCCACAAACCCACCAGCAUCAACAACAUCCACAGCAGCAUCUACAGCAACAUCACCUGCAACAUCCACAGCAACAUCUUCAGCAACGCCCACAACUACAGCAGCACCCACAACACGUACAGCAACACCCACAACACGUACAGCAACACCCACAGCACAUACAGCAACAUCUCCCUCAACAACAUCCUCAGCAUGACCAUCAUCAGCAUCAGGCACCGCAGGAGACAAAGACUGGUGACGAUGGGGAUUUGACAGCGUUCAACAAACUCCUAAGUAUGAUGCAGGCUGGAGCUGCAGCUGCAGUCGGACAGCAUCAUCUGCAGCAACAGCAGCAACAUCAACAUCAACAGCAGCAGCAGCAGCAUCAGGCACCACCACCACCACCACCACAACAGGAAGCAUCUAAGCAUGUUCAGAUGGGUGGUCAAAUGAUGAUGACCCCUGACGGACGGUCAAUAUCCCCACUCCAACAACAGUUUCACAAUCUCCAGCUGCAUAAUAACAAUAAUGACUUCCUGCAGGCUUUGAUGAGGAACAAAGAGCAACAGCUCCACAUCCAACAACAAACUCUUCAACACAUGCAGCGGCAGCCUGCACCCCAGCCACCCCCAACCCACACUCAACCUCAGCAGCCCCCUCAACCCAUGAUCCCACCCCCCCAACCCCAGACACCUCGGGCUAUAACCCAAGACCCCAUACUUAACUUCAUCCAACAGAAUCCCACCAUCAUCACAAAGCCUCCUUCUCCCUCCCCAACUAUACCCACCCUCAUGACUAACCCCUCCAACCCCCGUGUUGUCUCUCCGGCCCCACAGUCACUACCCCCCAGCCUGCUGCCCAAACAGGUGCAGACACCACAGCAGAUUUCAGGAGCAAAGAUUCCAUCACCCAUUAUGUUUAGUCAACAGCCACCAAUGCACCUGAGUGCCCCAUCACCAAUCCACCCCGCACAACUCGCCCGAUCUCUUGCUAGUCAUCCUCUAACAGCCAAUACUCUAACUACGGCCUCGGCCAACAUUCGUCCCCAGAGUGUUGCUCGUGUACCAAGCCCCCAGGAACUGAUAGCUCACACACAGGCAAUCAUGCAGUCGGCUCUCAUCAAGAAACAGUUGGAAGAUCAGAAGGAGCGAUUCCUCAAGAAACAGCAGGAGAGAGCCCGUUCUCCCAACCAGAACAGAGCCAAUCCUUCUCCCAUGCCGACCACACCUACAGCUGUGAGCCAGGGCAAAUCCACCAUGUCUGCAGCGUUCACCCCGACAUCUGUCAUCAGGAAGAUGCACUCAGACCGAGCCAGUGAGAAGGAGAAAGGCACAAAAGACCUGGACCAUGAUGACCUUGACGGGAGUCCAGCAGAUGGAGGUAAUGACUCACACUCAUCUGACAAGUACCACUCAGAUGAACGCGCAAGACAAGAUGCAGAGGAGAUUGCUUCUCUGCCAGGAAUAGACUUUAAUGCUGAACCCAACCAGCCCAUGACCAGUCUUGAAGAAAAGCUGAAGUUGGCUGGCAUCAGUGGUCAGUCUGGCAACAAGUCAACCCCGAUCCUGGGUCAAGGAGACAAGUCAUCACGCCCCGUGGUCGGUCAGGGAAUGAUGCAGGGCAGUGUUCCCAUACAAGUCCAGACAGUAGCGAACUCAACACCAGUCCCAGGCAGGCCCAUUGUGAAAGGAACAGUUUUACCCCAGACACCUGCCAGUACACCCAGUCAGUUCCGCCCGCUCACAGGAGGCCCAGGGGCUGCAUCCACACCUGUCCGACCCGCUGAUGGUGGUCAGAGGGCAAUUGUGGGAUCCUCCAACCUGGCUGCUUUGGACAUGGCCAAGGUGCUGGAGCAGCAACAGCGAAUACAGCAACAGCAAUCGGCAGCAGCAGCUGCAGCAGCACGCCAGGUUGUGAACACCCCAUUAGCUGGGCGCCCAGUUGGUGUUGGCUCAAAUGCUCCUUUCGGUAUCCCAAUCACAGGACGCAUGCCAGUACAGUCUAACGUGGCCCCACCCAACGUACAUGCUGCGGGUGCAGCCAAUGCGCUGCUCAUGCAGCAGAUGAUGCAGCAGAGUACAGCUGCUAGAGGCUUGAACUUAAACUCAUUGAGCCAGAUCAACCAACUGAAUCAGCUGGCAGCCAUCCAGCAGGCCCAGCAGCGUAUGGUGGACCCCCGUCUCCAGGGGGUGCGCUACCCUGGUAUUGUGCCCCAGAUCAUGAACCCACGCAGCACUGCUGGGACCAACAUGGGUCUUGGGGUAACUGGUAACCCUGCUAUCAACGCUGUCCUAGGAAGAGCCCUGUCGCCACAGAUCCUACCUGGGAGGCGGGCAGAAACUUAGUGUGAAUGGCCCGCUAUCUCCCAACCUGUCAUGUACAAGUCCAGCCCAGUUCAUCACCAGCCAAGCGGCUCUCAAUGGCAACAACAACAUAACCAAGACAUCCACUGCGUCCGACCCCAACAUCCUCAAAUGGUUCAGCUCGGACGUCUUGAAGAAUCACAUGCCAACCAUGCCCCCUCUCCCAACCCAAGGACAGAAAGUCCUGACUCUGGAUGACUUGGAGGGAACCUAGCUCACCCGUUCUGUGUUAACAUUUGCUUUAUCUUCCAUGUGAGUUUGGCUUGGUCCAGGCCACCUGUGGCUAUUCAAGGAGGCACCUGUAAAUUGUUUUGUCGUUUGAUUUGUCAUUUGUAAAAAAAAAUGUAAUAUGACUUUUCUGUUACUCUUAUUUAUUAUGUUGAGUGAUGAGCAUCACGUGUAAAUAGAUACGAUGUACUUUCGGUUGGUUUCUUCAGUUCAAGUUUUCUGCUGGUGUGCUGAUGGUGUUUUGUUUCCUAUGAGGACAUGAAGAAGGUUUUUGUGAAUGUGAGGUAUAGUUAUAUCUGGAUAUUGUACGAGGUUUGCCACAAGUUACUUUGGUCACAUCAUUGUCAUCAUACGUGAAAUGUUCAUCUGGUUACUCUCAUCUUUCUCAUUGCUCUUUGUUCCAUGUUAAUUUAAGUUUCAGUGUUAGAUUUUUGCUACUCAAUGUAUGUGUGCAUGUUUGUGCCAGGAGAGAUUUCUCCUGGAUUGCGGUUUGAAAGGGUAUAUGGAAUGUUUUUUCCCAGUUUCAACGUUUAACAUCUUCAUUGUCUGUUGUGUAUGUGUUUGACUUUCUCUGUGUAAAUAUAUAUACAUAUGUAAAUCUGUUUUGUGUAGUGCCGACUUUGUCGGCGUUCAUGUUGAGAGUGGUAACUUUUUUGUGUCCUUGACCAUGUUGUGUUUGAUGUAGGUGUUUGUGUGAUCUGUGCCCUGGUUACGUGGUAUAUUUUGUUUGUGUUGAAACUUGGUGCCCUAGAGUUUUGUGGUAAUUUCAGUCUUAUGAAUGUUUUUGACAUAUUCACUUCCAAUUUUGUUUAGUAUUUAUCGUCAGAUCAUUACAUCAGUGUGCUAUUGUUAUGUGUCAUUGUAGCCCGUUAGUUCAUUCCAACUCUUUGUUUUACACAAACACUGCUUUUUUUCCUUGUAUAUUGGUGCAAAUUUGAAACUUCUAUCUGCUUGACUUUGCCCUAGUGCUGUUGAGUCUGUACAUAUCUGUAACACUGCCAUGUGAAUACACGCUUCUCUUACCUAGGCAUAGUGCUGGCUGGUUGUAGUGUGUGGGUGACGUUCAUUAGCAAGUCGAGACAGGACUGUGAUGAGUGACUGACUGACUGCCCUAUACUGAGUGAUAUGGAGAGAGAACGAGAGAGUGGACAUAUAUUUUUGUAUAAAUGAUGGUAAGGGUGGAUUUUCUUGGAAGCUCCUUGAGAGCAGUUGUACCUAUUUUCAGAGAAAUUUAUUUGGCUUGAGUGGAAAGGUCAGUGCUCCCAGUGCUUGGACCUUCUGCAGGUAGAUUCUGCAUCGGCAAAAAUAAACUGACUUGGCCAAAGAAACAGGUGUAUAUUAUGUGCUUAAGUAUUGUGAGAACAGUGUUGGACAUGACGUAGAGGUUUACUUGUGUAUCUUCCUUCUACCUGCACCAGUCUUGUGUUAAGUUAUCACACACAUUUGUGAAUAGAACUUGAUCUUAUCUAUUGUGUCUGUGUAUAUACUUCCUUCCCGCCAACUGCUAGAAGGUCCAGAAGGAGUGUUCCUCUUUAAUAGGAGCAACUGUAUUCCAAAGAUUACUUACCGCAUGUCCACCUGACUUGGUAGUGUGUCAGGUGCGGAGAAGGAUGGACGCUCCUUGUUUGGAGGAGAUCACAUGACCAGAUCAAAUUAACAAUAUUAAAAGAGUCAUUUUGUUCUUGGCAUAUCAAUCAUUCUUCUCAUAAAAUGUUCGUCUUCAAAUCAUAUCGUUCGUUGUGAACAAUUCUUGCUCGUACUUUUUUUUCUGUAAAAGCAGCAUCCAAUGUUAUUUCUUUGUCAUGACAUUGUUACAAUUAAUGUUCCACUACUGCACCGCCUAUAGUAGGUUGUUGUGCCAGGUGGGAUAGAAUAAACUAUUACUUCAUUUCCUGGCCAUACAACAGCAUUUUGAGCCUACAGUUGUCCAGUUGUAGUUACUGGUAGCAUCUGCUCCGUCUGUUUACUGUUACUUUCUGUACAACUAGCUUUUGGAAAACAGAUUUGCCUGAUACUGUUUUGUUGACAUUGGUUAUGAUACCUGAGACUGUUUUCAAUGACAGAAUCUUCAAAGAUGGAAUAACUGUUGCAAGUUUAAAAAACAAUUCUUAUUACUUUUAAGAUACUGUGUUUUCAAUUUAUUUUGGAUUCCAAAUCUGUAUUUUGAAAUUGUAUUCUUGCCACUGUUGAAAGAGCUUUUCAGUUCAUGUAAACUUCUCUCUCUCCCGGUGAAUAUUGAAUUGAUCCCUUUUUAAGUUGUUCAUUUCUUUUUCUUAGUGUCAACAGUCAACUCAUCAACUGAUUUUCAUUCGAUGUAAUCUCAUCGGUGAAUUGUUUCAUGGCUUGUUGAACUUAUGGCGAGUCACACGCUACAUAGUAUGGGAGUAUAUUUUCCAGCUGCCCUUGCAAUUCAUCAACUACAUUGUAUUUUCAAGGUCCAUUUGAUCAGGACAAAUUUGUGGUCUCUGAUAUUUAAUCUGCCAGUGACAGGUUUCUGUUUUCCAAAAGUCUUCAUCAGUAUUAAUUGUUUUGUGGGCCGACUAUAUACGUAGAUGUUGGCGUGCCCGCAGUAGCUGAUGCUGCAACUGUAGGCGUGUGGCCAUUGUUGUCAAUGUUCUAGCCGUCUCUUGAACUGAGUGUUCCAAAGAUAAUUCCACAGUGCUCAUGCUUGGCUGGUAGUCAAUUUCAAAAUAUGUGGCCCUUUCAAAUAUAAUUUUCUGCAAGCUUUGAUAAAGGGAACUAACAGAAGAUUAAAUUUGAAGGUGUACAUGUUCCCACCUACCUCGUGAUUUGUAAAUUUCCUGUAGAUUUCUUCAAGAUUAUCUAGAAUUAUUUUUCUUUUCUCUGUUGUCUUGUAAUGAUUCCAUUACAGCUUCUCUACCAGUCUUUGCCUGAGCACUAUGGUGAAGAAGUUAAAACAAGCACUUAAAUAUUCUCUCAACAAUACUUUUCCACACAUAAUGUUAGUUGAGCUAACAUGGACAUUUGGACAUGUAUAAGGAUCAGGGGAUACUAAAAUGAGCAACUAUUUCUCCAAUGUGAAGAGUUUAUUUACGUGCUUACUCAGUCGUUUCUUUUCUCAUUGUACAUGAUAUUGUUACUGUCCUUGAGAAAAGAAUUGAGAAUGUAAUGUUUGGAGGAGCCUUUCUCUGUAAAGAGACUGGCUUCGACAAAAAAAUUCAAAAAGAUAAAUAAAAAUGAUGAAAUAAUAA